AUGGUGCUUGGAAGCGUUUACUCUGUUUUGGUAACUAUUGGUCAGUUAACGUUCAAGAGAGGUAACAGCCUUGAUCACCAUCACCUUUGCCCGCCAAACAGAAAAGAUUUCUUAAAUAUAUCAGGAGUGAAACACAUGGAUCUUAAUAACAGUAGCCGUGUUGACUGUAUCAGCCAGAAAACCCAAGAUGAGCAUUACUAGGCUGUGCUGAAAGAGACUUGGACCAAACACUGUGACAAAGCAGAGCCCUACAGUACUAAAAAUGAUAGAUUGUUUAAUAUUUUUUAAAAGGACAUGUUGAGGACAACUUACAAACAUGUCUUUCAAAAGCAUGGUGACAACUACAACUGAUACUUUCUUACUCAUCCCACUACAUUUGCUGUCAUUGACAAGUCAAUGUGCCUGUUAUUUCCUAGGGUUUUAUCACAACCUUUCUAUUUGGGCCACACUAUACAUGGCAAGCUCCCAUAUCUGACUGUGGAAGGAGAAAACUGUCAAGUAUAGAGUCUGAAAGACAGCCUUCUCAGCAAGUCUGAGAAGUGUGCAGAUCCAAGUGUGAUUUGGGAGUUAUCUGAAGACAGUCAGCUGGCAAUCGGCUUCAAACAAGCUGGAGUUCUUGCAGAUGCAGAGAAUUCUAAAGGAAGAGUUGUAUUUAGUACCAAGCCAUUUGCACAUCUUAUUCAACAAAUGUGUAAUAAUCCUCAGCAAGUAAUAGAAGGCUGCUGUUCAGGUAAGGCAAUUACUUUUAAUGGACCAACUCCCAGAAAGAUGACAGUAAUGAUGUAG